AUGACUAGAACUUCUGUCUUAGCUGAUGCUUUAAACGCUAUUAACAACGCCGAAAAGACCGGUAAGCGUCAAGUCUUGAUCAGACCAUCUUCCAAGGUCAUCAUCAAGUUCUUAACCGUUAUGCAAAAGCACGGUUACAUUGGUGAAUUCGAAUACAUUGAUGAUCACAGAUCCGGUAAAAUUGUUGUUCAAUUAAACGGUAGAUUAAACAAGUGUGGUGUUAUCUCCCCAAGAUUUAACGUCAAGAUCAACGAUAUCGAAAGAUGGACUGACAACUUAUUACCAGCUAGACAAUUCGGUUACGUUAUUUUAACCACCUCUGCUGGUAUCAUGGAUCACGAAGAAGCUAGAAGAAAGCACGUUUCUGGUAAGAUCUUGGGUUUCGUCUACUAAAUGUGUUGUACUUUUCUUUAUAUUUUGU